AUGGGGGCGGCAAUGGAGGGGGACCGUGUCGUCGAUCAAGAAUCAGAGGCGGAUGAUAAAGCUAAAACAAUAGAGAGCACUAAUUCUACGUCUAAAGCAUCCUUCAAAAGGGAUUAUACCCUCACGUCAAAAGCUAAUGUCAAUGUAUGGUUAGAUCGGUUAAACUCAGAACUAUCAGCAAAAGAAUUAUUAGAUGUGAUAGAUUCAAACACUAGACCUAAAAGAAUUUUUAAUAUUGAUGAAAUUGAUAAAAGAAAUAGACUGGUUAGAGAUAUUAUAAUCAAUCAUCUAGAUGAGAACUAUCACAAGAUAAUUCUCAAUAUUAAUGACCCCAAAGAAAUAUUAGGAAAGAUUAGAGAACACAGAAGAAUAGAGGCAAACACAGAUGAUGCUAAAGUGAGGGAAGAGCUGUACAGCAUUAAGAUCAAUAAGAAAGAUAAAGUCUCAGUAUUCUUGGAUAAAUUUGACUCCAUUAUUAGAGAGUAUGAACUCUGUGAUACAGCUAUUCCUCUCACUGACGCAGAGAAAACGUCUGCCUUUAUGAAAGUUGUGAAAGACACGUACCCUAGAAUUAGAGAAAUGGAAAUAAUCACUAAACAAACAAAAGACAGAGGAAUGAAUAUAGAAGAGAUGAAAAAUUUCAUUCGACAGCUGGAAGCUGACUUAAGGAGUUCUGGCGUCUCGGACGGAGUCUCUGCCAAUGUUGCAAGAACUGGCGCAGCGGCCGCAGCCGGUACUGAUCCCAUCGGUGGGGGCAAGUGCUUCAGAUGUGAUCGACACAAUGUUUAUCACAUCUCGGACUCUUGCCCGCUGAUCCAGUAUGGUUUGUGGUUCUGCUAUAUUUGCAGAGAUUUCGCGCACCACACGGGCAGAACCUGCCCUCGUGGAGAUGGAUCCCACCGAGGUGGAGGAGGUCGCAACAAUGGUAGAGUAGGUAAACGGGGCGCAAGCAGAACUUAUUACCCAAGCGGAGACAAAAAGAAACAGAAACUGGCGAACGCUGCAGUCGCACAUACUGAAGGUAAGAGUAACAUUGAUAAAAGAAGCUCAGGAACUUAUAUUAAGAGUGCGAACAAAAAUAAAUCGGCCGAUAUCGAGAUAGAUGGACAAGGAGAUCUGUACCUUAAAAGUUUAAAUACAGAAGGUCAUACCAUUAGACUAUCUAACGUUCUAGCUGCCCCUGAUAUAUCCGAAAACCUAAUGUCCUUUAGGAAAUUUGUCGACGCCGGAUUUAGUAUAUACUUUGAUGACAAAAACUUAAAAAUAUUUGAUAAAAAUGAUGGAUCUAUAUUUCUAACCGGGUACUAUAAGAAACCAAACUGGCUAAUACAAUUAGAAGUAAAGAACAGAAUCGAGAACCCGGACAAACAAACAUGCAAUAAAUAUUCUUGUAGAGCACGAUUAAUAACAUUAGAAGAUUUUUCGAAAGACUCACAAAAUAUAGAGAUAGAAAACAAUAAAAAUAUAGACUCAGAGAUUGGGAGGGAGAUUAUUACGAAUGAAUCUAUACCUAUACUUAGCCAAUACAAAGACUUUGAAAACUACUCACUAGAUGACCUUAAAAACGAAAAACCAAUGGAUGAUUUAUUUACAUCAUUCGAACUCAAGAAAAGAUACUCAGAGGUGUUAGAUGAAGGGAUGCUGUGGCAUGUAAGAUUGGGACACCCAUCAUAUGACUAUUUAAUAAAGUUACAAAAGACAAAUAAAGAACUUAGCAAUGUCAAAUUCAAUAACAACAUCAAAAACUGCGAAGUUUGUAUAAUGUCCAAAAUGAGCAAACAACCAUUUAAAGAAGUUAGAACUAGAGCCGAUCAUCCACUACAAAUAACUCAUACUAAUAUAAUAGGUCCCUUCAAAACAAUUACUUAUCCUGGUAGGAAAAGAUACAUAAUAGUCUUUGUGGAUGACUUCUCGAAAUUUGCCAAAACAUAUGCUAUUGUCAACAAAUCCGAAGCAGGAGACUGUUUAGAAAACUAUUUAAAUACAAUGAGAAACUUAGUUGGGAAGAAUCUUAGAGCUUGCUAUGUAAGAGCAGAUAACGCCAGAGAAUUUACAGGAGGAGAAUUUUUAGAAGUUAUGAAACGAGAAUAUUUAGAGUCAAAUUUCUCUAAUCCAUACACACCACCUCAUAAUGAUUCUGGAUUACCAAAAUCGUUAUGGAACUUUGCCCAGGAAGUAGCUGAAGAUGUGUUCUGGUGUCAUCUCUUUCAAUGUGUCAUGGUGUCAGAAUUCAUGUCAUAUUUAAGUGUCAGAAUCGUUCUGUGA